AUGGCUAAGAAAUCGUAUGGCUUAGAGACGGAAAUCGUCCAUUCAAAAUUCACAGAUGACCCCCACAAGGCCUCGGUAGCUCCGUUGUAUCAAACAGCCACCUUCAAACAAAAAUCCUUAACAGAGAUGGGUGAAUAUGACUACACCAGAUCAGGUAAUCCCACAAGAACACAUUUACAGAAUAAUUUAGCCAGAAUAAUGAAGGCCAAUGAUGCGUUUGCAGUCACCAGUGGUAUGGGAUGUCUUGAUGUUAUCACCAAGAUGUUAAGUCCUGGAGAUGAAGUAAUUGCGGGAGACGAUUUGUAUGGAGGAACCCAUCGGUUAUUGACAUAUUUAAAGGAUAAGGGUGACUUAAAGGUUGCCCAUUAUGAUACUACCAAUACCAAAUUGAUUCAAGCCAAAGUCACCACCAACACCAAGAUGAUAUUUUUGGAAUCUCCCACUAAUCCAUUGAUUAAAGUGGUUGAUGUUAAGUCCAUUGCAGACCAUGCUCAUCAAGUUAAUCCAGAUUGUAUUAUUGUAUUCGAUAACACCAUGAUGUCACCAGUGUUAAUGACCCCAUUAGAUUUGGGAGUUGAUAUUCAAUACGAAAGUGCGACAAAGUAUUUGAAUGGACACCACGACAUCAUGGCCGGAGUUAUUGCUACCCGAUCCAGUAAGUUGGCCGAGCGCAUUUAUUAUGUGAUCAAUGCCACUGGAUGUGGAUUGGCACCUUAUGAUUGCUGGCUCUUGUCACGUGGGUUAAAGACAUUGGCCAUCAGAGUCGAAAGACAAGAACAAAAUUGUCAAAGGGUAGCUGAGUUUUUACAAAAGAUUGGCUUCAAAGUGAGAUACACUGGACUUGAAUCUCAUCCCCAACACGAAUUACAUCAAAGCAUGUGUCGUGGCCAUGGAGCUGUUUUAUCCUUUGAAACCGGGUCCAUCAAGGUCUCAGAGAAGAUUUGUGAGCUGACAGAUAUCUUUGGUAUAUCUGUUUCCUUUGGUUGUGUCAACUCGUUGAUUUCCAUGCCUUGUCAAAUGUCGCAUGCAUCCAUUGAUGCUAAGACAAGAGAGGAAAGAGCUUUACCUGAAGACUUGAUUCGUUUAUGUAUUGGUAUCGAGAAUGUCGAAGAUUUGAUUGACGAUUUGACCAAGGCUUUGUUAAAGGCUGGUGCUGUCAAGAUCAAUUCUAAAGACGAAUUGUAUAAUGCCGUUUCUGUUCAAGUCCAGGCCAAGUUAUAA